AUGGCGGACGGCGCCGAGGCGCUGCGUACUAUGGAGACGCACGCCAUCCGUGAGGCGCAGCUAGCGACGUACACGAGCAACUUGGGAUCGAUGAUGCUCGUGCUUGCGACGAUGCUGUGGCUAACGCUGCCGCCUCUCUGGAGCGUCGUGAAUGGCGACUGGAGCUCAACAAUUUGGCUCUGUCUAUUGGCUAUCGCAGGUCAUGGACUGCUCGUGCUGUCGAUGCUGUUAGUGCUGCGAGUAGCGCAAGUGCAGGGGGAAGAGCUGCUGAUCCAGUUCAAUUCGAAGUACUUGGCCAGAGUCACGAAACCGAACGCUGUUGCUCCUGCGUCGCUGGACCGGACGGCACAAUUGGAGGAAGUGAUGAAACUCAAUGUGGUGCGCGGACGGCUGUCCAAAAAAGAUGAUUUGCAAAAUGGCAAGAGGCGAGGUGAAGAGCAGCGUUCGUUGUUUGACCCUGCUCCUGUCAAGACGGUCGAAGACGGUAAAGCGUAUCUCCGCCGCAUCCAAAAAGCUCAAAAACAGAAAGAAGCCGAGGAAUCGAUGCAGUCGGCUUCCGCAUAUGGAAUCGAAAACUCUUACCAGAGUGAUGCUUAUGGCAUCUAUGGCAAUGCGUCCAUGGUGCCUCGCGUGUAUCAGGCUUCGGGCUUCGACCCAUACCUUCGUGACGUCAACACGGGCGACGGUGAAGAUGAUCCACUGCGUACGUCGUCGCUUCCACAUAUUGCGUGGCAGCAGCUGGAAGAAUGGGGGCUUGCGAUGUUCAUGCACCUGUACUGCCGCAACAUUCGCCGCUUGCUUGCGUAUCACGUGAAGGACGUUGUCGAGGCUUUUCUGGAAAAUGCGAGUGCUCUCAACGAGUGUGGUGUGAUGGCGGACGUUCUUUUGCGUCGCGUACCGUCACAGGCCCUUUUGUGCCCGCCAGGCCAAGCGAAUCAAAUGACGAAUGUAUCGCUAUCUGACAUGCUGCACAACCUUGCCAAAAGCCCAUUGUUUUUCAGCAAGGAGCGAGGCGUGUUUCUGUUUGAGGAGCACCGAAGCUUUGAAAAAUACUUGAAUGUCGGUAAUCCUAACAGCACAGACUACGCGUCCUUAGAACGCCAACAGUAUGUCCUCGAGCGACUGAUCAUGCUGUCAAAGGACCGUAGCCUCGAUCGAUUUCGCUGGAACAAGGGCGCUGCCUGGAAAGGAAAAGAGUGGACGGAGAACUUGCCGACGGACGCCGAGAUCAUGAUGAACACUUUUUGCUGCUUGAUGGACAACAUGUUGCCAGCAGACAACGAGCGUGACCGACCGUUUUGGAAGUCCUACUACUUCAGCAAAGGCCCCAGCCGUCCAUUCACACCGCGAGUACGCAGCCGCCUUUUUCUCGUCCAGACGGUGGGGCGUCCACCUCACUUUAAGGCACUGGUGAAAGGCGCAGUUCGCGAGAUUGUCCCGGGCGAAGAAAAUUGCUUUCAUGCUAUCGUCGUGUAUCUGCAUGCUGUCAAGAAGAUGAAGGCGGGCUACCUGGAAAGCAUUAAUUUGCACCGUAUCAUUGAGCAAGUCUUCGAUGUUGCCAAGUAA